GUGGAGAGCAGUGAAGUUGUUGUAAUAGGUUUUGGCUGGAGAAGUUUUGAUUUCCUGGGCUUUGUUAUGGCUCACAGGCUGUUGAGUAAAGUUCUCUGGUCUAUCCAGUUAAUAUGUUUGGUGCUUGCUGGAGGUGGCACAGUUCAAGGUCUUGAGGUACCCCAAGGGGAUUCCCAGGCUCUAGUCCAUGGCCCUAGAAGAUCAAGAUCACUCUACAACAAGCAUCCCUUCAGCAGUCUUGUACUUCCCCAGGGUGCUGACAGCUCUGAGCACAGUGACCUCUCUUCUUGGACAAGGAAUGGUUAUGAUAGUGAUGAGCCAACUUUGCGUAGGCUAGCCUCAAGUGACCCCUUUAUGCCUUCAUCCAGUAAUGUCAAUCUUUUCCAAAGCAACUCCCUCCUUGGGGCUAAGGGGGUUCCAAGUGGUUCUACCACUGACACAAUGGGUUUCCAACGCAGGGUUCCUAAUACCCAGAGUACAUGGUCUUCAGUUAAAACCAAUUCUGUCCAAGAUGCAGCCUCUCUUACUAACUUGCAAGAUGUAGUAUAUCCAUUUUAUCAAGGUUAUGGACAAAACAUUGGGUUUCCAGCUAUGUAUAGUCCUCAGGGUUCUGGCUUUGCUCAGAGUCCAUAUGCUUCUUUGCAGAAGUUUAGGCCCUAUGGUGUCUUUGCUCCUAGUCAGUUGCAAGUUCCACAGGUUAGUUCCCUUCCUGCCCAGAUGCUAAGUUCUCAAGUGGAGUAUCUAUACUCUGAUGCAAGCUCUGCCCCUGGUAACAUGGGAAUUGCACCACCAGUGGCUUCCUGUGGUGGUGCUUCUAGUCAGCCAACAAGCUUUGCUUCAGUCCCACAGGUUGGUUCCUCUGCCCAGGUCUCAAGUUCUCCAUAUUCAUUUACAGCUCCUGCUCAGACUGCUUAUGUGAGCAGUUCUUUUCUUUCCGAACCUAGUAGUUCCCAAGUUGCUCAUGAUUGGCAUCUAAGUGUUCCUAGUCAGGCUGGAGCUUCUCCAGGUGUUUCCAGCAGUGUUCAGGGCAGCUAUGGUAUGCAACCUGUGGAUACUCAGGGUGAUGCUGGUUCUGGUCUUGGCUGUGUCGUGGCACCCCAUGUUGGCUCCAUGGCAGGCCAGCCAGCAGUUCCCCAUGUUGGCUUUACAUCUGUAGGCUUCUAUCAACCCCUCCCAGGUUCUGGGUUGGCAAGUUCUCAAUCUAGUUAUAACAACUUUCAUGUUGGCUCUGGUGUCCAGACUGCCCCUGUUCCCCCCACAGAGGCCCAGGUGGCUUCAGCCCCUAGUUUUUCAUGGCAUACUACAGGACAUUCAGGACCCCAGUUUCCUGGUUUCACAGAGCCCAAAAGAGGUUCUGCUCCUGGCCAUACUGUUGGUGCUGUUUACCCUGAAAUGGUACAGCUUCCUACUCAAACCCACCAGCCCCAUGGUAUGGAUUCACCAGUAACUUCUGGUUUUGACUUGGGUUCAAGUAUGGGCUACUUUGGUACCUAUAGGCCUGCCUGGGGUCCUAAUCAACCAGUCUUGUCCUCACACAGAGUCCCAGGUGAGCUUUGUUUCUGCCUAAAGGAUUUUGGUUUGUACUAGUCCAGUCUGCUGCUGUUGAGCUCUAUACUUCAUGGCUCACCUGUUGCCAGUGGAACCCCCAUCAAAAAAAUGAAACUGCACUUGACUAGCAUCUUUGUCUCCAGUGGCAAUGCUGUUUGAACAUCAUGCUUGUAACCCUGUUUACAGAACUUGUAACAGCUCCCUGGGGGAGAUGGUCAGUGUGUAUGUUGCCUCUUCUCAGGAAUGAGCUGUACUGUCAAGCAUCAAUUGUUUUAAAUGUACUGAUCUGGAAAUUAAAUGUGAAUGGAAAUAUA